GCAAGAUACAGGAAAGGAGAAGACAUCUCACAUUGAAGACUCUCUUCAUCAAAGAUGUCAAACCAUCUCUUCAGGUUCAGAGGUAAGCUGUCCAUCCUUUAAUGCGUGUUAGACAUGGUUUAGGUUAGAAUUAAAUGGACUUUAGGAUCAUGUAGUUGAUGGCAAUUGUUUAGGUAGAUACAUUGACUUUCUUGAUUUUUUAGUUUUAAGUGCAUUGAUGACCAUUUACACUUAACACCUACUAAACUCUCAUUAAGUUUGCUUUAAAAACGACCAAGUAUCCCUUUCUCAUUUCAUAUCUCUUCUCCUUUCAAAUUGCAUUUCAUAAAACAGAACAAGCUCUAAUUCCCCAUUUUUAAUUCAUUCCCCUUCGCUAUGGAUCCAUUUACGGCUCCUUGUAGCUUUCAAAACCUUUUAAACAGUCAACAACCAUACCCCUCUGUCUCUGAUGCGUCUGCCUAUGGUACUGUAUGGCCUGAAGAGGAAAAUGAAGAAGCAGACAUCGUGAGUGACCGUAAAGAAAGGCGGAAAUGGUCACCAACUGAGGACAAGGUGCUCAUCAGUGCUUGGUUGAAUACAUCUAAAGACCCUAUCGUUGCUGGUUUGCAGAAGAGAGACUCAACUGGCUGUAAAUCGAGGCGGGGGAAGCUUAAUGAGGGCGUGUGCAAGUUUGUAGGGUGCUAUGAUGCAGCAACUAAACAAAAAUCUAGUGGGCAAAGUGAGGAUGAUGUUUUAAAGCUGGCUCAUCAGAUAUUCUUCAAUGAUUACAAGAGCAAGUUCACACUUGAGCAUGCUUGGUUGGAGCUGAGGCAUGAUCAAAAAUGGUGUGGAGGUCUGGCGAGUAAAAAUGGUGUGUCAUCUAAGAGAAGAAAGGUUGAUAACCAAACAGGACAGUCAUCAACGUCAGUUCCAUGUAGCCUUAGAGAAGAGGACGUAAAUGGUGUGGAGGUCCGGCCUGCGGGUGUCAAAGCUGCAAAGAGACUAAGUAAAGCGGCUGUGAGGAAGGCUAACACUGAAGAAGCAGAAGGGAAGGUGUGUAUGGACCUUGAGAACAUGUGGGACAUGAGGCAAAAGGACUUUGCAUUGAGAGAGAAGGUUAACAAUCAAAAAUUGCUUCAGAUGCUACUUGGCAAGACUGAGCCAUUAACUGAACCAGAGCAAGCUUUGAAAAACAAGCUGAUCAAUGAUCUGUUGGUUUGAGGGCGUGUAUGAUGUUGUUUCUGAUCGAUCUUGUACGGUAUUGUGUCUGAGUUUGUAUUGAGUUGUGUCUGAGUUUCUAUGAUGUUGUCUCUAAGUUUGUAUGAUAUUGUUUCUGAUAUUGUCGAGUCUGUGAUAUGCAUGUCGAGUCUGUAUGAUAUUGUGUCUCAUAUUAUGUCUGAGUUUGAGUUCUCGAGUCUGUAUAAUAUUGGGUUUCAAUGUAUAAUAUUGGUUUCUAUUUUAUGAUAUUGAAUUUCAAUGUA